AUGGCUCCGGCGACCUCAUCGCCUUCAUCUCAGAAGCUCACGAGCUUCAUCCACCGCACGCAUGCACCGCACCACAUUCGGAAAAAGACAUUUGACUCGCCGCCGGUCAAGAAGUACAGGUCAAUGGAGGAUAUAAUGGCGAGGGCGAAGUACGCGGUGGUGGAAAAGGAGGAUUACGGUAGCCUCAUGUGUGAGCAAUGUGGCACCGGUGAGCAACCGGAGGAGCUGCUAUUGUGCGACAAAUGUGACAAAGGAUUCCAUAUGAAAUGUGUGAGGCCAAUUGUUGUGAGGAUUCCGAUUGGUACCUGGAUUUGCCCUAAGUGUUCGGGGGUGAAGAAAGUGAAAAAGUUCACGCAAAGGAGAAUACUUGAUUUCUUUGGGCUUCCAAGGGAUUUACCUGAUUUCAGACGGAAUAAUUCUGCUUCUCGGGAUGCUAUGAGGCGGCGGAGACGUCCAAAACCGCUGGUGUUACAGAAGAAACGGAGAAGAUUACUACCAUUUGUUCCUACGCUAGACCCGGCCAGGAGAUUGAAACAAAUGGCCUCCCUAGCUUCUGCGUUAACAGCACUGAAUAUUAAAUUCAGUAAUAGCCUGACCUACUCUCCAGGAAUGGCUCCCAGAGAAGCAAAUCAGUCCACCUUUGAAAAUGGUGGAAUGCAGAAUCUUAAUAAGGAAGACACAAAAACCUUAGAGCGCUGCAUAACUAUGACCAAACGAGGCAAAUUCCCACCAUUAAUGGUGGUUUUUGAUUCAUGUCAAGGCUAUACUGUGGAGGCUGAUGGCCCUAUAAAAGACAUGACAUUUAUCGCUGAAUACACCGGCGACGUGGAUUUUAUCAAGAACAGAGAAGCUGAUGAUUGUGACAGCAUGAUGACGCUGCUUCUUUCAGGAAACCCUGCUACCAGUCUUGUUGCCUGUGCUGAUAAACGUGGAAACAUUGCUCGCUUUAUCAGUGGCAUUAACAAUCAUACUCCGGACGGUAAGAAGAAGCAGAACUGUAAAUGUGUGAGAUACAAUGUUAAUGAUGAAUCGCGGGUCUUUUUGAUUGCUACCCGAGAUAUUUCCAAGGGGGAGAGGCUUUACUAUGAUUAUAAUGGUUAUGAGAAUCAAUACCCAACUCAACAUUUUGUCUGA